AUGCUGAAAUCAUUCAAGUACCUCCCAGUACCCAAACACACGAAGGAUACGUUGGCGGCAACGGAGGCAAUGGCGGCAACGGAGGCAAUGGCGGCAACGGAGGCAAUGGCGGCAACGGAGGCAAUGGUGGCAACAAUCGGUGCGAUUCAUGCUGUCUUCCCGGAGAACCCGGACCCGCAGGAACUCCCGGUCACCUGGUCGUCCAGGAAAGCCCGGAGCACCUGGACUUCCAGGAAACCCAGGACGACCCAUCCACAGCAGCCUUGUUACCCCGUCACUCCUCCACCAUGCAGACAAUGCCCACGUGGACCACCCGGUCCUCCCGGACCCCAAGGUCCUUCUGGAGACGCUGGCCGCGACGGACUCCCAGGAGCUCCAGGAAAUGCUGCUCAGCCCGGACCUCCUGGACCCAAGGGAUCACCAGGACCAAAUGGAAACCCUGGAUAUCCUGGUGCACCAGGGCAGCCUGGAAUUCCCGCUAUUUCAACACCUCUUGUUCCUGGAGAACCUGGACCCGCUGGAAGUCCCGGCCCUCAAGGUCCACCUGGACCAAGUGGACAGCCCGGUCAGCCUGGAUCCGACGGCCAACCAGGACCCAAAGGAAACAGAGGAGCUGACGGACAGCCAGGCGCCUGA